UCUUUCCCUCAAAAGUUACCAUCGUCGUCCUGGGGUUUUAUCAGUAGGGUUUCUCCUUUUCCUACUCACCAACCAUGGCGUCCACCGACUGCAACUCCAGAAAGAAGAGGAAGAAGAACAGGAAUCCAGAAAUCGACCUUCUCGUCAACCUUCAAUCCUGCUCCAAAUCCAAAGAUCUCACUACCGCAAUUUCCCUCUAUGACUCCGGAAUCUCCCAAAACAUCCGUAUCAAUCAGCAUCAUUUCAGUAUUCUCCUCUACAUCUGCGCUGCCUCCGUCACCGAUCCGUCAUCCAAAUCUCUGGCCAUUGAACGUGGCUUUCGCAUUUUUGAUCACAUGGUGUCCUCCGGGAUGUCCUCCAACGAGGCCUCAAUCACAUCUGUUGCUCGCCUAGCCGCAGCCAAGGGGGACGGAGACUAUGCCUUCGCUCUGAUCAAAGAUUUGGUGGCGAAUGGUGGAUUGCCGCGUCUGCGGACUUAUUCUCCAGCGUUGUUGUAUUUUUGCGAGAAUUUAGAGGAUGGGAAAGCUUACGAGGUGGAGGAACAUAUGGAUAGGAUGAAUGUGAGUUUGGAGGAAGCAGAGAUGGCAGCGCUGUUAAAGGUGAGUGCUGAGGUGGGAAAAGAGGAGAGGGUUUAUAGGUAUUUGCAUAAGUUGAGGGGAAGUGUUAGGUGUGUAAGUAAAGAAACUGCCAAGAUAAUAGAGAACUGGUUUUCUGGGGAGAAAGGAAGUGCAGUGGGUAAUGGGGUAGAAUACAGCGCUACUGAGAUCAGGGAGGCGGUUUCGAAGACGGAUGAAGGUGGCAUGGGCUGGGUUGGUUGGCCGGGGUCUGGAACAAAGAAUUCUUUUCCUUACUCUUUAAACACAUUACUGAAGGAUUGGGUGGAAAAACAUGCUCCAUAUGAAGCUAUAGUGGAUGGAGCAAAUAUUGGGCUCUACCGACAAAAUUUUGCAGAUGGUGGAUUCAGCAUUCCACAGCUUGAUGCUGUGGUGAAGGAAAUGUAUUGCCGAAGUGGAAAUAAAUGGCCCCUUGUUAUCUUGCAUGACAAACGUCUGCGGGGACUUUUAGAAAAUCCUUCUUGCAGAAAGGUGGUUGAGGAAUGGAUGGAUAAUGGUGUUGUUUAUAAGACCCCACAUGGUUCCAAUGAUGAUUGGUAUUGGCUCUACGCUGCUGUUAAACUAAGGUGUCUACUUGUGACAAAUGAUGAGAUGCGAGAUCACAUUUUUGAGCUCUUAGGAAGCAGCUUUUUUCUCAAGUGGAAGGAAAGGCAUCAGGUUCGAUAUACUUUUCCAAAGGGUAGCCUGAAGCUUCAGAUGCCAUCUCCAUAUUCUCUAGCCAUCCAGGUAAAAUAUAUAAAUCGAAGUUAUGGGUUGGUACCCUCUUUUUUGGUACCAUGCUAAUAUACUAUUUACAUUUUUAUUUCAAAAAAAAAAAAAUCUUAUUCAGUAUAGAAUUGUACAUACUUCCAUCACUUCUUUAAUGGUGAAUACUUGUUCUAUCCUUCAGUCAUCGGUAUCUGCACUAUGACAUUGUAAUCACAUUGCCAGUGCUUGUGGUCACAUUCAUAUGCUUAUGAUGUAGGACAAAUUAUGGUUAAUUUACCUACUAAAGAAUUUGAGGAUAA